UUUUUCCAUUCUUCAGUAACUACUUUUACAAACGUCUGGCAAUGCGGCAUGACGUUCCUAAUCAGUGGGAAGAACUUUUCUGCAACAGCCAACAAUCACUCGUCAACGCUUCUUACGAGGAUGCCCUUGCGCAGUGUUCAAUUGCACUAGACGAAUUAACACAAAAGACGGUCGCAACACUCGACAUUCGCGCGGCAGCACUUGGACAGAGUGCCAAUUAUGACCAAGGCUUGCGCGAUGCGUUUGAAAUGGUCCAACUUGCGCCGAGUUCGUCCAAGGGGUAUCUACGAAUUGGCGAAUUGUACGCAAUGCAAGGCAAGCAAGGAUUAGCAAUUGAUAUUUACAACAAGGGCAUACGAACGGUGCCUGAAACGGAUCCGGGUUAUGCUCGACUGUCCAUACAACGACAACUGUCUCUGGAUCAACAAAACUAUAAAAUCGACUUUAUCACGGAACUUCCUUUCGAUAUUCUUCCAAAAAUCAUGUAUUAUCUACCAAUGCACAUGUGCGUGCUAUGCGUGAACGUGUCGCAGUCGUGGCGUGCCCGGAUACGGCAAUGCUCAGCUGUGUGGCGUAAGAUGAUCAUCGACAAUAGUGACGAUGACGACGCCAGAGUUUACAACAACCUCUCGUAUGUCAGUGACCAAGUACGCGAAUUGUCACUGAGAGGAUUCGAUGAAUAUGUUCCAUCCCAGUUUUUGAAAACGUUGGAAUUGGGCCGCUUCACAAGAUUACAGUCGCUUGCUCUACGUCGUAUCAGAAUCACAAGCGCGAAUAAUCUACUCCAGGGCUUAGAGCACAUUAAUGGAACGCUCAAAAACCUGGCACUCAUUUCCAUUCGAAACGAUCCAGUAACAUUGGACGCUGUCUUAUCAAUCUGUACCAAUCUUUUGACCUUCAAAUACAAAGGGAUGGGUCUCCAAAUCAGCCGACCCUCCAAAUUACCGGCCGCAACACGGAUCGUUUCACUAGAGCUCGAAACGACCAGUAUUAUUCGGGCGGCACAACUAGAGCCACUUUUACGAUGCUGUCCAGCAGUCCAGAAUUUAUAUGUAUACCGAAGCGAACCAUCCGCCAUCCGACUGAUCGACCAAUACUCGACGGCCGGAUUGCGAUCGCUGGCCUUUAAUUUAUACCGCAUCAUGGAUGAUAUCACACAUAUCGAUUCGCAUGAUUCGAACAUGUCCAUGAUACCCAAAGGGUUACGGAGCCUUCAUGUUAGCCGUGUGGAGGCCGUUGCCGCAGUCAACUUGGCCCCGCUCUUGAUGAAGAGCAACGAUACAUUGGAAGAGCUGGUGCUCUAUAUGGAUGAUGAUGUUGGACCCGUACAGCUAUGGAAUCCAUUGACAACAUUUACGCUUCCGCGAUUGCAAAAGCUCCAAUGCGAGGUACGACCCAUGAUGCAGCAUGUCAUUGCAACACUCGUUCGCCAAUGCCCGGAGCUCGAGGAUGUGACGUUCGAGCAUUGUGAAUAUAUCGGCAACGAGAUUUUUGGAGCAUUGGCAGGUUUGACUCAGUUACGACGGAUUGCGACGUAUUCAGUGAGCGAGAUUAAUGAAGUAGGCUUGGUCCAGCUGCUCGAACGACAUGUUGCUUUGCAACACCAUUCGCCCUUGCGUGUGUUUGAAACGGACGACUAUUCCAACAUUACAGAUGAAGCGCUGGCGUGCCUGGCGGAUAUACCGACAUUGGAAAGGAUACGACUCGAUGCAUGCAAUCAAGUUAGUGCGGACGGCAUUGAGCUAUUCGUGCAAAAGCUGAAACCCGACUGCGCGCUGCAAAUUUUGCUGCUGUAUAAUAUGGAGGCUGUUCCGGAUACGGCGAUCCAAGGAUUAUGCAAGUUGGAGCAUUUGCGUCAUGUGGAAUUGGUGCGGUUGAAAAGUAUCACGGAUCAAAGCAUAGCAGACCUCGUCUCCUCCAGCUUGUCCCUUCAAUCCAUGUGGAUAUAUGAUUGUGCGUUGGUUACAAAGUACAUGAUCAAACAAGCAAAACUAAUUUUGGAAGGAAAGUUUUGAUGAAAAAAUAAUAUCAUUUACUACAUUACUUUUUAUUUGCUUCUCUGCUUUUUAAAUAUAUGUAACUUCGUGGAGAUCUGGAAAUGAAGAAUUGUCUUUGGUAACACAUAAAACAAAUUGCACUUUUGUUAUUUGUAUGGUGACCGGAUAAUUUAAGCCACGAAUGAAUGUGGGGUUAACAUAGCAGUAACAACCCCGCAACAAGAAUGAACAGACAGAAAAAACAGAUUUUAUGGUGGCGAAUGUCGGGGCAUAGGAUAACCAUGAUCCUUGUGGUGGCCAAGUCUGAUAUGUACAUCAAAAUUAUUAUUGCAAGAUCAACCAGAUUUAGCUACAAUCAAUAUUAUAUAAACAAGCAGAAGAUCACCUAGUAAACGUCAUUGUAUGAUGUGAACUAACAACAACUAUAUCAAUA